AUGGAAAUAUGCAUCUAUCUAUUGUCCGAGAAGAAUCCAACAAAGGUAGAUAGAAAUAACAAAGAACAACAGUGCAGUUUAUUCGAACCAAAUGCAUUCACAAUAUCAAUUUUGCAAAUUCAGAUGUUACAGAUUUCAAAAUCAAUUAGAAGAUUGAUUAAAGUGUCGCAUGAUUUCUCCUUUAAAACAGCAAGUCAGCUUAAAUUUCCGCCAGUUCAGAUGGGUUUGAACGUUUGGGACUGUAGGACUCUAGGAAAAGAUUUAGCGAUAACCAGAUGA